AUGUCUUCAGACAAUGAUUUAAUCGAUUUAUUUUCAUCAUUGGCUACAAACGUACAUAAAUAUGGUGGCCCAAUUUUAAUUCUUAUAGGAACUAUAAAUUGUUUACUUGGUUUAUAUGUUUUCAGCAGAAAAACGUUACGAAAAAAUCCAUGUUCUAUUUAUUUAAUAGCAUCGAAUGUCAGUAGUAUCUUUUUUAUUUAUACAUCAACAUUAUAUUCAACAUUAUCGCUCGGUUAUUCAAUCGAUCUGACAAGAUAUAAUUUAUUUUAUUGUAGUUUUCGUUUUUAUACAAUGUUUCUUUUUGAAAUUUUACCACCAUGUUAUUUUAUAUUAGCUUCAAUUGAUCGAGUAUUUCUUACGUCCCAUAAUGCUCUAAUAAGACAAAAGAGUACCGUUCAUCUUGCUUAUAUUUCAAUUGUUCUUGUAACGUUAUUUUGGUCAGUAAUUCAUAUUCAUUCUUUUUUUUUAAUGCAUAUUCAAAUAUUUGCAUUGGGUAGAAGUGGAUGUUUUUUUCAAUCUGGUUUAUAUUUAACUAUAAUGAGUUAUUAUCCAUUAAUUGUUAAAGGUAUUCUUAUUCCAUCUCUUAUGAUUAUUUUUGGUUUAUGGACAGUGAAAAACCUUCGAACUAAAACUCCAGUUGUUCCUGGCACUAGAAGAAUGACUGGAAUAAUGCAAAAUGAUCGUUUACCAUCAUGUUCAACUCAAGCAAAAGAUCGACUUUUCAUUAAAAUUCUUCUUGUUGACAUCGUUAUUUAUGUAGUAUUCAAUUUAAUUCAAUCUAUUAUUGUUUUAUAUCAACAAGCAACUUUAAAUCAAACGAAGAGUUCUUCACGCGUUGCCAUUGAACGAUUGGUUUUUGCAACUAGUCUCACUGGUACAGCUAUUCCAUUUUGUAUAGGAACUUUUACGAAUUUAGUUGUAUCAAAACAUUUUCGACGUGAAAUGAAAAAUUCUCUUCUAUGUAAAUAG